AGUUUGCAAAAGCUCUGUAGCUAAUGGCCAUAUUACCGAUGACUAACGGAACAGCUGUUAGGGGUGACUAGCCAAGAAAUUUAAGACAGUUUUAGUUUUGCCUUUUAAUUUUAGUCAUUAGUUCCUCUUCUCUUUGAUGCAAAAGCUAAGCUAGUUGCUGACGUUCAUACAGUAACCUAAAUAGUUAAGCUAGCAAAGUAGGUCAGCAGUAAUCGUGCUGCAAGAUACGCUAACGUUGUGUGGUCCGUUGUCCUGAAAUAGCUGAAUUAUCGCUAACAAAAUGAAGUGGACUAAAAAGCUCAAUGUUUGGAUCAAGGAAAAACUCUGCACCUUCCACAAAGCGAAUAUGCCGAUGCUGCUGUGUCCUGUUCCCUUAUAACCAGCUGAAAAAAACUUGUCAUUUCCAGUGUUUUGAAUGAGACACAAGAGACUGGCAUGGCCGAGAGGAUGGCAGAGAUGGAGGAGGACAUUGGGGAUCUGCCAGCCAGAGAAGAUGACAAUGACUCAGACAGAGAUGAAGACGACAGACUGUUUGCUUGGAUGGUAAAUGACGACAUGGAUGAGGACGAGGAGGAAGAUGAGGUGGAGGAGUUGGAGGAUGAGCAGCUCUUAGACACUGAAGCAUCUGAAUCGUUUGAGCUGGACACCCCAGCUGAGCGCAGUGGUCAUAUAGCGGUUGUUGACAGAAAUGUCAUGUAUGUGUGGGGUGGAUACAAAAAUGCUCAAAACCACGGAUUUUUUGACUUGUAUCUCCCGAGAACUGAAAUCUGGACAUACAACAUGGAGUCAGGUGUAUGGACAAAGCAUAUAGCCGGAGGUAACCUACACAUGUCUAUGUCAGGCAGCUGUGGGGUGUGUGUUGAUGGAGUCCUCUACCUAUUUGGAGGUCAUCAUGCCAGGGGAAACACAAACAGGAUCUACCGUCUGCCACUGAGAGCAACCAGCCUUGUGUGGGAGGAAAUGAGCGAUCUGAAAGGACUCCCUCCAUCAUCCAAAGACAAGUUAGGGUGCUGGGUUCAGAAGAACAGACUUAUAUUCUUUGGGGGCUACGGCUAUGCUGCACAAGGACCUCAUCAAGGGACGUUUGAAUAUGAUGAAUCAUCUUCUCUUGUGUGGGACAGCCCUGGGCGCGGCUGGAACAAUCACAUUCAUAUCCUGGACCUUGAGACAUAUACAUGGAGCCAGCCUGUCACCACGGGGAACACCCCAUCACCCAGAGCAGCUCAUGCCUGUGCCACAGUUGGUAACAGAGGCUAUGUGUUUGGGGGACGAUACAAGAACUACCGACUAAAUGACCUGUACUACAUUGAUCUGGACACAUGGGAGUGGCAUGAAAUGAGCGUUCCCCAGCAGUGUCCUGUGGGCCGGUCUUGGCACUCGUUCACUCCUGUGUCAUCAGACCUCAUCUUCCUAUUCGGAGGGUUCACCACAGAUAGAGAGACACUGAGUGAUGCUUGGCUGUACUGUGUGAGCAAAAACGAAUGGAAGCCUUUCAAACACAGUCACACACAGAGCCCCAGGCUGUGGCACACAGCAUGCUCUGGUCCUGAUGGGGAGGUGUUUGUGUUUGGAGGUUGUGCUAACAACUUGUUGUCUCAUCACAGAGCUGCUCACAGCAACGAGUUAUUGGUUUUCAAUGUUCAACCCAAAUCACUAGUUCGGUUCUGUAUGGAGGCCAUUCUGCAGCACAGGGAGCGCUUGUCGAGUUACUGGGACUGCUUGCCUAAACCUGUCCUGCACAGCCUCAAACAGAGAAUGUCACGAGUCAACACACUGGGCUCCUAGACGAAGAAGCGGCCAACAAUCUAGUCCAGAGGAUUACAGGGAUAAAAUGUAUGUAUGGAAGAGAUGACUGUUUUUUCUCAAAGCCGGUAGUGCUAAUAGAGCAUUAGUUAAGUGUGUGUGUGGACACUUGCAUACAUAAAACAAAAUCUUAAAGCAAUAGUGAACAGCUGUGGAUUUGUUGGUAAUGGGUCCUAACUGGCACACUAAGGUUUACAGGCGAAUCCUCGAAGGUGUUUAUCAGCUUCUGUGUAUUAUCCUGUAUCUUGUAAAGCCAGUAGAACCAUCAGUGGAGUAGCAGUGCUGCUGAUGCUCAGUCUGUUGUUAGCACAGCAUGUAGGAGAGAGCAGAAGUCUCACGCUACUGUCGGGUUCGUUUUCAUUCUGUUUUCUUUUCUCAAAGUAACUUUUCAGAAGGAUUUCUUUCCUUACCCGCUCUGAGCUGAAAAUUAUAGCAUGGUUUUCUGUCCAUAUUAUUACAUAAUUGUAUAUCUACUACUGUUCUAGAUAAGAGAGCUUUACAAAGGUAACUUAUUUCUGUUAGCACCUUUGUACAGCUACAAUGAACGUUUGUUAAAAUAUGAGGAGUUUUGUACUAGCCAGUGUAGUAGUAGAUACAUUCAAUAUGGACAGAAAACACCACUCUAAUGUUUCAAGUUUUCAGGAAGACCAGUGAAAGAAACCCUCUAAGAAAAUACAUUGUGUUAUGGAAACUAGUGAGGAAGAAAUAUAGCUUGGAAAGGUACUUGAGGACUUUUUGUUUAAGCACCUCUAUUCUCUCCUAAAGAUUACUGUGCAUGCUGUAAGUAUGCCGAAGUCAAGGGGAUAGUUCUAAUUCAUGAAAUGCACAACUCAUGCACCGGUAAGAUGUUAAGAUAGUGACUUUCACUGGUCUUCCUCAUAAACCAACUUAAAAAGUCUCCAUUUGUCUUAACACUAAAAACGGUGGUGCAAGCCUGAAACAGUCUGCUUUAACAGUGCAGAUUUUUCUUUAGUGCAGCCUGUUUCUUUAAUGAUUCCUUUAACUGAUUUUUGCCACAAUCUCGGAUACAUGUGUUUGCUUGAUCUUGGAUAGUUUGCUUAAGUUCUCACAGACCUAAAACUAGUGCUUUAUGCUACACAAGGCCAUGGAGUCUGGACGUUAACUUUUAGUUUUUAUUUGUAUAUACAGUUAUUUAUAUAUUUGGGAUGAAAUGUAUGGGUUCUGUGUUCUGAAACUGGCUUUAAAAGCCUAUAAAUCGUGAGGAGUGGCUCCUGUAGCUUUGGAAUUUUAUUAAAACAAUAACUUAAAAUACUGCAAGUAUAGUGGAUGUUUAGCCACAUUGCACUGAAAUGCCUCAUGUCAGUAGGGCUUUGUUUGUAUUUGCCUGGUUUGCACAAUGUUCCCCCUUUGUGUUUUUUAUUGUAGGAUUUAAUGCAUAGUGUUACUUUGUACUCAAAGAAUAAACAUACCAUGAGUUGUGUUCUGUUA